UAAGUAAACAACACGCGUAGCUAAUUUUAUGAAACGCCAAUUUGGAAACGCAUGGGCCUAUACUAGGCUAUUAGGCUUUUACAAUUUCGCGUUGCAAACUCGUGGUUAAUUAGUAUAAUUCUCUUUGAACAACCACAAUGUCAAUAGAGCGGGAACCUUUCACUUACAAGAAAUACCCGAAUGGCGUGUAUUUAGUUCGCGAGACGUUCUACCGAGCAUGGAGUUUAGCGAAUAUCUUCGUCGUAAAAGGCGCUACAAAAGAUCUUAUCAUAGAUACUGGAAUCGGAUUGUGGGAUUUGCCAGGGUUUCUAAAGAACCAUGAUUUAAUAUCCAAGAAGAAGCCUUAUGAAGCGGUGGCCACGCACAUCCAUUUUGAUCACAGCGGCGGGCUUCAUCAGUUCGAGAACUUCGCGAUUCAUCGCUUGGAAGCGAAUGCUAUAAGCACUGGAGACGCUUUUGAGCUAGCCUGGCAUAUGACCCAGGCGGAAAUCUUGCAGCCCCCAACACCAAACUGGCAAGCACAGGAUUACAAAACGCCGAAUGCUACCCCAACACGGGUACUCGAUGAUGGUGAUGUGUUUGAUUUAGGAAACCGGAAAAUUCGAGUGUUACAUCUUCCUGGUCACACCAAGGGGAGUAUCGCACUUUACGAGGAGGAUACGAAAUCAUUAUGGACCGGAGAUAUCAUAUAUCAAGGACCUAUUAUAGAUUGCGCUCCUACCAGUUAUAUACCAGAUUACAUCAAAGCCUGCGAACAACUGAAGCAGCUCGCACCGUACGUUGAUAUCGUCUUUCCAGGACAUGGCGACAUUUUCGAUGGAAAGACAUUGGACCAGUUAUUAACUGAUUAUUUGGCGAGUAAGCAGGCUUGUUGUAGUGGAGUGAAGGAUUCGAUGUUGAGGACGGCAUUUGGGGUGAUGGUAAAGGGUAGGAAUAAACUAAGUGUGGGUGCGAGGUGUUGUUAUGUAGGGUGCUGCUGCUAUCAAUGUAUACAGUGUACACAGACGCAGAAUGCGGUUUCUGGAAUGCCAGAACAAUCAUAUGAGAGCGAGCAUUAGAUAGUGUGGGCUAAUAAUUAACUCGAAACCCCAGUACCUCGAGUUCCGAUAACUUGAAACCUCGAUAACUCGAAUUGCUAAGAUAGGCUGCGUAGGAGACCAACUUUUACCGGCUUGAAAUAAUCUCAGGGUCUGAAAGGGUAUUCGCGGGACACGUGAUUUGGCCUUUAUUCGGUGCGGGAUUCAAAAGGCGUGGGAUUCGGGAUUUUAGGGAAAAAAGGUACGGGAACGCGUGUUCUGUACUUAGUUGCUCUGAACUUGACCUCUGUCACACAUGCGCUUGAGCUUCAGGGGUAGAGAACUCCUGUUCCAAUAUGUGUAUUCAGUAUUUCUUGUAAAAACGAGAGGCUGGUUCUCACUAGGAUGCAAGCGUAAGCGCAAACGGUAGCGCAACACAAGUGAGAAUCGGUCAAACUUAAGCAUAAGCGCAAGAAAAUCAAGCAAUGCGCUUGCUCUUGCGCUUACGUUCCAGUGUGAAUCGUAAAAAAAAGGUGAGUUGCGCUUACGUCCAAGUGAAAACCAACCUUAAACCUCAUGUGCUGUGCAAAAUUUAUUAAAAUUGUUAAUUUUGUCACUUUGCCGCAUUUAUUAAUCAUGAUUCUUUGUUAUGCAAAUAAAUGUUUAUUUGGGUAAACUUAAUUCCGAUAAGUAGUUCGAUUUCGCUUACAUGGAAAGACUAUGUUUUCCUUCAACCUUUAUCUUUUCUAGAACUCCUCGAAGUAAAGUUUAUUUUGUGAUUUGAACUCCUCGAAGUAAAGUUUAUUUUGUGAUUUGAACUAUCGAACUGUAUCGGGGUCAAACUAUGGGGCGACGGAAAAAGAAAAAGAAACAAAUAUUGUUCCCUUAUUUCCGCCGCCGUAUUUCAAGAAAAGUAUAUUAAUUUUAUUACUGUAAUAAUGCUCAGAGAAAAACUGAGCAGCCAUCUGUGCAAAGCAAUUAUCCAAAGACAUUAAAGUGCCCGAAAAGGCAAUAAGGGAUCAUGAA